AUGCAAUACUCAAAAUCCAAAAAGAGUUCUAACACAAGCGGCAGCAGCGGGGGAGGUGGUUCCGCUACAAGUUCCGGCGAUGCCACGGGUCAUCACAGGUUAUACAGGGGAGUAAGGCGUCGGAGAAGUGGGAAAUGGGUGUCGGAAAUUAGAGAGCCGAAGAAGCCGAACAGAAUCUGGCUCGGCACUUUCCCCACGGCGGAAAUGGCAGCUAUUGCUUAUGAUGUUGCAGCACUUUCCCUAAAAGGCCAACACGCCGAGCUUAACUUCCCAAACUCCGCUACUUCUUUGCCUGUGCCGGCCUCCAACUCGCCUCGGGAUAUCCAGGCAGCUGCUACCUCUGCUGCGGAAGCUUUCGGGGCCGCGAAUGAUGCUUUAUUCGAUAUCGAUUGCAAUGAACAACAGGCUAGAAUCAAUCCGAUAGAGCUAGAUAAACCGACGCCGGCUUACGAGUUUGUGGACGACGAUAUGAUCUUCGACAUGCCGAACGUUCUUGCCAAUAUGGCUGAAGGGCUGCUUCUUAGCCCUCCUCGCUGGGACAUGGACACUCCAGCUUAUAAUACUGGAGAUGCUGAGAACCUUUGGGAAUUCCCUUAAUAAUCAUCUUAAUA